GUGUGAAAAAAUAUAUAUAAAAAAUGUUUGCAAAAUAUAUGAGCAAAAAUUGUUAAGACAAAGUAAAUGUCAAAACAAUAUAAAAUAUUUAUGAUUUAAAUUAACCACAAAUUAAAAUCAUAUAUAAACUGUGGAAAGCAUAGGAAAUAGCAUCAGUUAAUUUGAGAUCAUUAAACAAAAACAAAUCAAAUCAAUCAAACAUGUUCAAAUUUGUUGUUAUCUGCGCCUUGUUGGCUACCGCCGCCACAGCUCAACGUCAUGGCGGUCAUCACGGUCAAUCUCGUGGCUUUGCCAACAACCGUGCUGCCACCAAAUCUGUUUCUGCCUCCAGUGAUGAUGUUCAUGCUGAAAUUAUUUCCGCUGCCUCUGAUGUCCACCCCGAAGGUUUCGAAUACCAUUUGGAAACUACCAAUGGCAUCAGUGCCAAGUCUAGCGGUGAUGCUUACGGUAAUGUCCGCGGUGAAUUCCAAUGGAUCUCUCCUGAAGGUGAACACGUUGCUGUUAGCUAUGUUGCCGAUGAAAACGGUUACCAACCCAACAGUGAUGUUUUGCCUACUCCCCACCCCAUCCCAGAAGCCAUCUUGAGAUCUUUGGAAUACAUUCGCACCCAUCCACCCAAGGAGGAAGCCGUCCACCACGGUCAUGGUCGUAGAUUCUAAGAAUAUUAGUAUUGUUAAGUUUUGUUUUAAUAAAAUAUAAAAUUAUUUUUUAAUAUUAAAAAUAAUUAAA